CUUGCUGUUUAUUAGCGCCCUAAUCAUCUACUCUGACUUUUCACAACUAGCCUAUCCUACUGUUCCCUCAGAACUGUAUCCUCUAAUUCUAUUUAUUGCAUACAUGGUUAUUAUGCUAUGCCCAUUCAACGUGUUUUAUCUUUCUGCAAGACGAUGGUUAGGUACAACUUUGGUGCGGAUUGUCUUGUCCUAUUUCUUUGCAGUAGAAUUUAGGGAUUUCUUUAUUGCCGAUGAGCUCAACAGUUUAGCUUACUCUAUAUGGACAUCAUCAUACUUCUUUUGCGCCUACUCUGAACACUGGUCUAACCUGGAGGAAACAUGUAAUGUGCCGCAAUAUUGGAUAUCACCUAUACUAGCCUCUUUACCUCCUUGGUGGCGUUUAUUACAGUGCUUCAGACGAUACAAGGACUCCAAUGAAAAGGUGCAUCUAUUAAAUGCUGCAAAAUAUACAAGCAGUAUUCUUGCUGCCCUUGUAUCUGGGGCACGGCGUAUAUACCGUAGGUAGCUUCUAUAUUAUAAAAAAAGAUCAUGGUCUAAUAAGAACGCGUGUGUGGGUAGCAUCUAGAGGAAUGAAUAUACUUUGGGUCUGUGUAUGCAUAGUAAAUUCGUGCUAUACGACUAUUUGGGACAUAAAAAUGGACUGGGGGCUGUUUAUGUCUAACAGCAAGCACUUUCUACUUCGCGAUGAACUUGUAUUCUCUCGUUGGACAUACUAUGUAGCUGUCUCAAUCAACAUUUUGCUCAGAUUUUCAUGGACGAUCAGCACAUGGGGAUUACCCCUGAGCAGUCAGUUACUGGCUUUUCUUAUUGCUCUUUUGGAAGGAUAUCGCCGUAUUCAAUGGAAUGUUUUUAGACUAGAAAAUGAACAUUUGAACAACUGUGGUCAGUAUAGGGCUAUAAAGGAGAUUCCUCUUCCAUUUGCACUAUGUGAAACCAGCGUGGAUCAGGACCCACUGGAAAGAGUCAGUUUGAAAUCUGCUGAACCUAUUCCUAUAGCUCGCCAUCCCUCUUACCAUACCAUCAGACAAUCCUAUGACGUUGGAUCAUUUUAUGGUCGUAGAGAUUUUGAAAAUAAGCGGGAUGAAGACGUGCCUGUAGGAUCGGUUAACAGCUUGUGUAGAAAGCCCUCUACCCUUGAGCAUGUCUUGACACAUAUUCGGUCAUUAAGAGGAUCACUACAGGGCUCUGAUAAUAGUGAUGAUGAUGAAGAUGAGGAUGACAGUGAAGAUGGUAGAGACGGAGAACAUGAUUUAUAGAAUAUCAUGCACUGUAUAGAAUAUAUUUAUCCUAUAAAAAUAAACGCU